AUGUCGCCGUACCUUGCCGCGCCCAAGUGCAAAUUAGCGCGCAUGGUGGACCUCCGCCCGCCCGAGUCGCAUGAGAUCGAGUGGGACAUCGUCGCGCGCGAGCUCGAGAGCCCGCUCCGGAGCUUCCACGACGACUUUGUCCAGGCGCUCCAGCCGUCCUUCCUCGAGUUCUCGGCCAAGCGCAGCAUGCUGCACGCGGACCAGCUCCAUCUCUUCUUGGCGCGCCACUUUAGCGGCCUCCAGACCAACAAGGAGUACACGCGCCACGUGCUCGAGACCAUACAGGACAUGCGCAUGGAGCCGCCCGUGCACAUGACGUACGAGUCGGACCCACCGGUCUCGCACCAGUACAUCACCUUUAUGGAGCUCAAGGCGACGCUGCUACUGCCGACGAUGAUCGCGCAGCGCCUCGACGCGUGCGACCCGUAUGCGCUUGAGGGUAGUGUGCAGAUGUCGCUGCCGCCGCCGCGGGCGAGCGCACCACCGCGCGUCGCACUGCCGAGCGCCAAGAACGAGUGGCACGAGUUUCAGUUUGAGAUUCAACGCUCCAACGAGUUUCACAUGGACGUGAGCAAGCGGUCGCGGCAGUGGCUAGGCGGCUCGCAGCGGCCACGCAUCCUCGUGCUCAAGGAUGGCAUCCUCGACAUCUUCAAGAAGGCCGACAAGACAAAGCCAAAGCCGAAAGCGAGCAAGUCGAUUUGCCUCGACCACAUCGACGCGCUCAGCACGGGCAGCGGCCACACGUUCAUCGUGCGCACAAAGGACGGGCGCAACGUCACACUCUCGUGCCACUCGGCCGAGUCGCUCACACACUGCGUGGCCGAGAUCGCAACCCACUGUCUCUUCCACGUCCUCGACACGGGGCAGCCGCCGGCCGAGCUCGCGAAGUUUGUGACGGCCGGCGCGCGCCUCAACGACGCCAUGCGGCUACUACCGUCGCUGCAGAAGGUGGGCCUCGUCUCCUUCCCCGUCGUACCGCUCUGCGCGGCGUUUGUCCUCGAUGGCCUCGACAAGAAGAGCAGCCCCGAGACGCGCGUCGCCAUACUUCUCAAAGCCGGCGCGCGCCCGGACGCGCUCUUGCGCUGGGCGUUCGCGUCGCACUUCUUUUUACGCAAGACGCCGGUGAGCACGAACGUCCUCGAUUUCUUUCUCCGGCACAAGUUGCCACUGUGGACGGCCGGCGACGAUGCAGCCCACUGGUCGCUCCUCCAGUACCUCUGCCUCGUCCGUGACGUGGCAAGCGUGGAGCGGUUUGUACGACAUGCGACCGCCGCCGACUUGGCGCGCGCCUUGCAACACGUCAACGCAGCGGGCGACUCGGUGCUCCAUGUCGCCGUCAAGCGCAUCCAUGAGCAAGACAAAGACGACGACGCGGAGCGCAUUGCGUGUCUCCUCUUGAAGGCCAUCGCCAAGCACACGACGGAGCAUCCGUGGCUUCAUCAGGCCGACGCAGGGGGCGAGUCGCUGUUGCACAUGGCGCUCAAAGCCCGCAUGUGGAAGCUUUUGGACCACCUCUUGGCAAUGGUGUCGUCGUCGACCGGCUGCAGCGACAGCAGCGGCUUUUCCGUGCUGCACUUGGCGAUUCGGCUCCACGCGCCCAUCAAGAUUGUCGCGCGUCUCAUUCAGCUCUGCAAGACAAAGCGCAACAGCAGCAAGAAGAAGGACGUCGACGGCCUCGAGCUGCGCGACGACGACGGCGCCGAUACACCGCUCACACUCGCCAUCAAAUGCCGCAACGAGGCGGUCGUCCAAGAGCUCUUGGCGGCCGGCGCCCAACCCGAUGCCGUGAGCGACUGGGGCGCGACGCUUGUCAGGUCGCCCGUGACGCCCACUGACACCCCGCUGCACGUAGCGAUCAAAACGGGCUUGCCGGCCGCGGCGCGCGCACUUGUGCUGCACGGAGCGUCGUGGUUGACGCUGGACGGCGUCGGGUCGUCGCCGCUCUCGCUCGCGCUGCGCUAUGGCAUGUACGCGCUCGUCUACGAGCUCCUCCACGUGGUCUCGGGCGAUUUGGGCGAGCUCGAGUGGACCGACCGCCACGUCGGCGACAGCGUCGUCGGUCUCGCGCUCAAGGCCGGGCAGCUCGAGCUCGCGUGUCUGCUCCUGGACCUCUCGCCCGAGGUCGUGCACGUCCAGCACCUUCGGACGAACGAGUCGCCGCUGCAUUACGCCAUGAAGAUCCGCGUCUGGCUCGAGUACCUCGAGCCCAAGUCGCAAAAGUACAAGAAGACGCGCCAAGCGCGCGUGAAAUCGAAAAGCGACGGCGACCUCUCGACGCUGCUCACGGGCGACUGGGCCGCGCCGUCGUACGAUCUCCAAAGCCACUUUUUUGUGCAGCGUGCGCUCGAAGGACUUCUUCUCGGGCUGCUCAAGCGCGUGCCGCCUAGCCUCGUCGUCUUGCGCACCGAACGAGAUCCCAUGGCGCCCGGCGAGCCGAUCUUUCACUUGUUCAACAGCGACGACUGCAUCACCGACCACCAAGUCGACGCGUUCACGCCAUUGCACGCGGCCGCGCGCGGCGGUGCCUCGACCAACCACAUUCUGCGCUGGCUGCUUUUGCACAUCAAGCACUGCCGCUUCCGUGACACGCUCGGCGUCACGAUCGGGUUUGACGAGACGCCGCUGCACGUGGCGAUCGAAGCCGGCGCGGUCGAGAACGCGCUCGACUUGCUGCGCGUGUUGGGCAGUGGGAUCGAGGACGACGGCGCCGCUUUUGUCCGCGACGCCGUGCGCCGGGACCAAGCGUCCGCCUUGCACCUCGCCUGCCAGUCGCCGGACGCCAAUGCCGCCGUGAUUGCAGAGCUCUUGGUGCAAGGCGCGUACGCCGAAGGCUGGGACGAGCAUGGCGAUGCGCCGCUCCACGUGGCCGUCGCCCACGGCGCGUCGUCGACGAUCGUGUAUACGAUGGCGCGGCUCGGCGUCGACAUGAAUGCGCGCACCGAGGACGGGCGCACGCCGCUCAUGGUUGCGCUUUGCGCCAACAACGACAGCGCGUUCGACGCACUCGUCAAGCUUGGCGCCAACACGCGCGCGGUGGUGCCGGGCACGCGCCACGGCCUCGCCGAGCUGGGAGCUGCCAUGGAGGCGCUGAGCCCGUCGAUCGCGCAUACGCUUCUCGACGACGUACGUGCAUAUGCGCGUCCCGACGUGCUCCAGCAGAUUGCCGACGCGAGCGAGUGCUUUGCGUCUGACCAAGUGCCCGGCGACGUCUUGCGGCCCACGUACCGAACGCAAGGCAGCAUUGGCUCCAAGAACGAGUUUAGCAUCACGCGCUUGUCGCUGACGGCGGACGCGGCGCCGGUGCUGCCACCACCGCCCAUGCCGCUGUCGUCGUCGAGCAAGACGGCGCUGCCACUCAAGAAGUGGAUCGAAACCGCUUCGACCGUGCGCUCGCCGGACGAACUCGUCGAGCACGCACCGUCGACGAGUACGAAUGCCACUAAGGUCGUCAAGAAGGAGCAGUUGUGGUGGCUGCGCCUCAAAGACGAGGAGAAGUCGACACUGCAGCUCGUGGCGAACGAAGCCAAGCUCGCGGCGCGCGAGUGGCUCCUCAAGCGCAUUGGCAAGAAGAAGAUGCUCUCCGACUCGCUCGUGCUCUGCCAACAGUACUACGCUGAGAAGGGCAUCGACCUCGACCCGGUCCUCGCCCGCAAGGAAGCGGAAAAGAACUUUGUCGACAAGCACGUGGCCGAGGCCGUCUCGGACGCCCGCAUGGAGAUCGAGCGUGAGAAGCAGAUGAUCGCGCACGAAGCUACGCGGCGCGUCGCCAAAGACCCGCUCUCCAACACGAGCGCCGUGAGCUUUGCGGCGACCUCGGCGACCUCGAGCUUCCUCGUCGAGAGCUUCCUCCUCGAGAACCUCGAGACGGACGACGAGGUGGACGACGACGUUGCCAUCUACUCGGACGUCUUCGAGUGGAACUUGGACGCUCGCAAUACGCUCUGCUAG